AUGGGAAUCGGUCACAGUAAUCACACUAACCUUGGAAAUGAAUGCACUUCUUACGAUGCCGGUGCUAAAGGCACCAUAGCACGCUGGGGAGACUCUUUUGAAGUUUCCAUGGGCAAUUGGAAAGAAAAUAAUGAUCACACAGAGGCUUGGGGUGUGGAAUACAAAACAAGUCAAAAAAAGCGUACUUGUGGUUUUCAACUCAAAGCAACCCGUGACAACAAUGGUGUUGAAAACAUACAUUUUGGAUUAGGUGAUUCCGCUGAUAGCAAAACUGAAUUUGCUUUGAAGAUCACAAGGGUUGGUCUUGAUGGGCUUCGUGGAGGAAUAAUUGGCAUCAAUUCUUGUGUUUCCUCAAUGACCAAUACAAGGGCUAAACAAGAUCACAUAAAAGAGACUACUAUCGUUUCUUACGGUUGUUCCUAUAGAGAGGGUCUUUUUGUUCUCGAAAUGAAGAAAAAGGUUAACUGUGACAAUGCUUACAUGGUCAAUAUGGCACAUUAUUAUGUUACUAAGGAUGUUGGUCUUUCUGUUGCGGCAAAAAUUCGUCGCAUUAAAAAUUGUUUUGUGGUUGAAGUGGAAGGUCCUUUCAAACACCCAAGUGUAGAUUUGCGUAAGGUUGUUGUCAAAACGCGUCGUACAGGUAUGUGGUCGCCUAGUGCAUGUUCUCAUUGUAAUGGAGCAAAGGUUAGCAAUAGUAACAAAAGUGGAGAUUUCAAUUCAUCCUUGAAAGCUAACUCUCAUGAUCCCAAGAGUGAGGAAACGGUAAGUGAAAUAGUUAAACAUGCUUUCUUCUCGAGCAAUGUCAAGGAGCAAUACAACAAAGGCCUUAUCAAUUCAAGUGGAUACACUACAGGUUCUCUAAAUAAUUCUAUCAUUUUUAUAGAUUGUAAUUUUUAAAUUCAUAAUUUGGAAAUUAUGUUAUUUGAAGUGUUUUACUUUGGUGUGCAAUUGUUCAAAUAAAAGAUGAGAAGCGCCCUCUUGUUACCACAGUUUGAA